AUGUACACUCCUCGUUCUGAUUGGCGUCGCAAUGAUCCCAACAUUCGCCCAAGUAGUGUUGCAACUUCCUACAACAGUAGCCCACCUUUGACAAAGAAGCCAUCCAAGACUGCCCUUGAAAUGGAUCAUUCGGAUGAUAAGAUGCACAAGUUGGCAAGGCGACCUAUCCCUGGAAAAUCAGUAGCAGCACUACAACAGCAACAUCAAUACUUUAUGCAACGAUCCAUGAGUCCAUCGGGAUCGGUGCGUAGCAAUGCAUCCUCCGAACGUGGAGUUCCUCAACAACAACAACGCCUCUCACCACUUUCCAACAACCAUCAUCAUCAGCACCAACAACAACAACAACAAGAGGAUUAUCUUCAGCAUCCACAAGAAGGUGUGGAAGAUCGACCUGUGUCCCCAUCAGCUACCAUAAGAUCGGAACAAAGCUCCCUUGCUGCAAGCACUGGUAGCUCUCAACAAACCAUCAUUCGUCGACUAAGCACAAGCAGCUCACAAGAAUCAAAGGUUGCUAGGGAAGGAUGGAUUUAUCGUAAGAAUAGCCUUAUGCAAUGGAAAUCAGUUUAUGCGGUGGCCAAACAUGGCAAUGCUGUCAAACCCGGUGGAUUAUAUAUCUAUAAGGAUGACAAGUUCUCAAGUCAUAUCCAUACCUAUGAUAUGAGCCAAGUGGUGGAAGUGGAGCCACGAUCACAAGAAUACAAGCCUGGUGUCAAGUGGGAGUUUCGCAUGUUGAUCAAACGUGACGACGUCUUUUUCGCAGCGGAUGACUUGCCUACACGUAAAGCAUGGAUUGACGCAUUGACAGCCAUUAUGGGCAAGGUAUCCAUGGCCAGCCAUAGCGAACUCCAAUCACGUGUCGCUGAUGCUGAUCAAGUGAAUCGUGAGCUGCAAUCUCGUAUGGCGGAGAGUGAUCAAGCCAACCGUGAGCUUCAAAUGACCGUCGACCACUUGCAAGCUGAAAACCAAGAACUCGAAGACCAAAUCACUAUUUUGCAAAAAGAGGCAGCAAAGAUGCGACAAGAACACAUGGCACGCCAUAAGGAUAUGACAGCUGAUAUGGAUGAUUUACAACAAAGCAUGGAUACCCGAUGCGAGUUGCUUGAACGUGAAGUAUCCAUUUGGCGUAACAAGUCAGCCGUGCUGGAAAAGGAGCUUCAGGAACAACAAAAUCAGCACCAGCAAGAAACAGAACAACUCAAAAGCGAGAUCCAGGAAUGGCGUGAAAAGGCACAGCAACAGCAACAGCAAUCAUCGAUGGCAUUGGAGAAUAUCGAAUCAAGCAGCAGCAACAGCAGCACCAAUAACAGCCUAAGAGAAACCAUUACCAGUGUCAAGUACAAUUUACAAGCAUUACGUGAUCACAUGCGAUCCGACAAUGGUCCUUUGGUGCAAAGCCAUAUCAUCGAUAUCAAAUCCGGUGUCAAUCGACUUACUGAUAUCCUCGAAGAUUCACGUCGUGGAUGGGAUGAAUUACAAACCGAGGUGCGUGAAUGCUUGAUCAAUAAUAACAAGGAAGGCAGCAGCAACAACAACAAUGGUGAGCAACCUACUGCUGUGGCUGAUUUACGACGUGAAAUACUCGGCGAUGAUGAUGAUGAUGAUGGCAUCGACAACAAUGGCAACAGCAAGAAUAUGUCCGUUUCAGCCAAACUCAAUGUCAUGAUCCAGAUGGUGGAGCUUUUACAGCUCUCUCAGACCAAGUUGAUGGAGUCGUAUAUGGAACAUGCAGAUGAAGAAACCAAGGGCGUCCAUAUUGACAAGGCAAGAAUGGAAUCAGUACAAGCCAUGUUUGAGGAUAUUCAAGCGAAGCUCAAUGGAUCUACUACAACCACUACCGCAACCAAAGGAGGCCAUGAUGACGAUGAUGAAGAAGAAGCGCUUGGUAGCAAACUUGCACAAUGGAUGGAAGAGAUCAAGGCUGUGAAUCGUGAAGCACAUGACAAACAUGGUGCACAAUUACAAGAACUUGUGGAACACAACAUUCAAGCGGAUCAAGAUCGAGAACAAACCAUUGCACAGCUAUUGGAGCAAAUGCAUGCCGAGCAAGAAAAGGCCACCGACAAGAUCUUUGCCAUGAUUCAACAGCUGCAACGAGAGCAGCAACAACAAUCAGACGUACCCAAAAAGAAGGAGACGUAUCAAGAUGGAAGCAAAGAUUCUAUUUCCAGUACUACAGCCGAGGAAGUACACCAGCUUGUGGAAGGCACUCAAGACUUUAUUGAGCGUACAUUGCUUGUAUUGGAUCGUUACAAUCAUUCUGGUGUUGAGGAAACAGUGCGUCGAGCUGUCAAGAGUGCAUUCAACAGCCAUCUUGGAGCCAAUUGGCAAGAGAAUACUGCUAAGGAGAAUGAAGAAAAGCUCAAGCGCUAUGAGGAGACUGCACGUACAUACAUUGAUCGAUCCAUGACGGGCAUGCAAGAACACAUGGUGGAAUAUCUUGGUGAAAUGUAUGGCAUGAUUGAGGAACUCGUCAAAAUGGCUGUCGCACGUCUUGAACAACAAAUCGGUAGCCAACAUGAUGGUGGUGCACCCCUCGAGCAUAUGAAGAAUGGUGGUAAACGUUUGGAUGAUGCUGCUGCAACAAGCGAAUUGGUCGAGGUGUAUCGUAAAUUGUGUGGCACACGUGAUGUUCUCGAAGCUGAGAUUGAGCGAUUCCAUCAAGAACGAUCCGAGCUUGUCAAAGAAAUUGAUGAGCUAAAGUCCACUUGUGCUGAAGUCCGUCGUGAAUUGGAAGAUAGCAAAAUGGCCUUGCAAUCCAUCAAGAUCGAAUAUGAAAAAGUGCAAGAUGACAUGCAACGAAAGCAACAAGAGCGGCUCGCUUGUGAACUAGAACCAUUGAUACAGCAAAUCUCCAAGCUCAAGCAGUUGGCUUCUUAUGGCAGCAGUGUCAGCGGUAGCAGUGAUGAGGAUGAUAGCGUUUCUUCACCUUCAGGAGGCUAUGUUGAUCUUGGCCAUCUUAGUCACCCACCACCUCAGUCGGCUGCCAAUAAUCGAUCACGACCUUCUUCCCCUUUGCCAGGGGGAAACGCAGCUUUCACAACAAGCAAUCGUCCAAAUCUUCAAGCACCAUCUGGUCCACGCGCCUUUGCUGAACGAAGAGGAUCAUUUGAUGCAUCAUCAACACCCAUUUACAGUGAUACCAAUUGGAAGACUUCGCAUGAUUCUAGGCCAACCAUUGCAGGAGGACGAGAACGACCACCAUCUCAAUUUAUUGGUUACAGAACACGUAAAUAA